AGGAAAACAAAAACAAAACUCAUAGAUUUUUCCAUAUAUCAUGUCUUCCUCAAGGGGCUCUAUCAUGGGUGUUCUUAGCAUGAAGGGUGGAGAUGGAGAACACAGUUAUGCAAAUAAUUCUGAGGCGCAGAAAAGUAUUAAUUCCGAUGCAAAACUGGCGGUGGCAGAAGAUGUAAAGGAAAUGAUAGUGGAGAUGGGUUUUCCUGGUUGCAUCAAAGUGGCAGACUUGGGAUGUUCUUCCGGGGAAAACACGUUCUUGGUCAUGUCCGAAAUCGUCAACACGAUCAUAGCAUCAUACCAACAAAAAGGACAAAACCCACCAGAGAUAGAUUGUUGUCUGAACGAUCUUCCAGAUAACGACUUCAACACUACUUUCAAAUUGAUCCCUUCUUUCCACGAGAAGCUGAAGAUGGAUGUUAAAGAAAUGUGUUUCGUCUCGGGAGUCCCAGGCUCAUUCUACUCUAGACUUUUCCCAAGCAAGUCUCUUCAUUUUGUUCAUUCAUCUUUUAGUCUCCAUUGGCUCUCAAAAGUUCCUGAUGGGCUUGAGGAAAACAAGACGAACGUGUAUCUUAGAAGUCCAUGCCCUCCAAAUGUGUACAAGAGUUAUUUGGCUCAGUUCAAGAAUGAUUUCUCAUUGUUUCUAAGAAUGCGUGCGGAAGAGACAGUGCCUAAUGGACGCAUGGCUCUCACUUUAGUGGGCAGAAAGGCUUUGGAUCCUCUAUCCAGAGAUUGUUUCCAAAAUUGGUCGUUGUUAACUGAUGCCCUCCUCGACUUGGUUUCUGAGGGGAUUUUAAAGGAAUCAGAUGUAGAAUCUUUCAACUUGCCGUUUUACAAUCCAGACGAAAAUGAGGUGAAGGAAGUAAUCGCAAACGAAGGCUCUUUUGAGAUCAACAAUUUUGAGACAAUUUUUGGUCUUCUCUUUUCAUACAAAACUGGUCGUACUGAAGUGAAAGAUGAUGAUGGUGUGGACCAACCACGUGCAUUUGAAGCCGCUAGUAAGAGGGCCAAAUUCAUAAGAUCCCUCGUUGAACCGAUGCUUGCUGCUCAUUUUGGAGACGCCAUUAUUGAUCGUCUGUUCGACAAGUAUACCUACCAUUUAGCCCAACGUUACGAUACUUUGCGCAACAAACCAACUGUUAAUUUCUUCGUUUCGUUAAUUAGGAAGUAACAUGCAUUCGAUCGGAUGCUUGAUGCUUCUAAUAAUUGAUGAAACAAUAAAGACGAUGUGAUUGAUGAGUACGCAAACCUUUUUUUUUAAGAGAGAAAAACAUAAAACGAUAUUAAUGAUCCUUGGAUGGAUCAUCAAUUUGGCCAGAAAAGCCAAUUAGAACGUCAAGUAUUGUGUGAUUUUUUUUUUUUUUUUAUAUUUUUGUUUUAUGAAUAUCUUAAUUUCUGUGAAGCUGUGUAUGUGCAGUUCUAAACAACAUUUAUGCUUUGGACACCAGUUAUAUAUAUCCUGGUUGUUGCAAUAUAACCCUAUGGAUCAAA